GUUUCUGAGUUGUUACCAAAUGUUGAGCACAGAAUGUGUGCAAGACACAUAUGGAGCAAUUGGAAACAAAAGUGGAAAAGAGAGGAAAGAAGGAAGAAGUUUUGGGCAUGUGCAAGGUCUUCAUUUGAAGCAUAUUUGAAGGCUAAGAUAGAUGAGCUGACAGAAUUAGGUGAUAGUAAGAUCAUUGAGGACUUGCUGAGAUACCUAAAACAAUGUUGGUGUAGAGCAUUCUUCAAAGAUUGGAGUAAAUGUGAUUCAGUGGAGAACAACAUAUGUGAGACCUUUAACAGUUGGAUCUUGUCUGCUAGGCACAAGUCUGAUUGUAAGACAGUAGGCCAUAACAAGAAGGGGUGUCCUAUCCUGAAAGGACAAGGAUCUGGAAUAACAGGAACCAGUAAUGCUGGUGCUACUCAACCAUCACAGGCUGCUCAAACAACAACUCAACAAUCAGGUCCUACAAGUGAUUCUGGAAGUGCCAGGGCCAGAAAUACUCAACCAUCAGCUGUUGCAAGUGCAUCUGAUACUGGAAGUAUGAGAUCAAGAACUUCUGAGGAUAUUAUAGCUAGUGUUAGAGGAAGGCCAAAAGGUAGUGGACUACGAGGAAGAUCAAGAACAACUGGAUUCGGUAAAUUGUUUAGUGAUAUAGGAACAGUGAUAGACAUGUGUGGAGCAAGAGAUAGGGUACAUUCUGCUCCUACAAAAGUAGUGGAUGCUGGGCAGACCAAUAUCGAUCUUGGAUACAAUGCACCUGGACUAAGGUGGCAAGGAAGAAAUGCUAUAUCACAAAAGCAACUUCAACAAUAGUUGAGGAGAAGACAAACUCAAGCAAGCCUUAGCCAACCUCAAGUCUAUUCUUCAUCUCAACCAAGCCAGUCUCCAUGUCCAAACUUGAGCCAAUCUCAGCAAAAC